AAUGUCCAUCUCCGACCUCUCAGACACUGAAACUCCGCUUGUGGCAGCUACCGUAGAUGGGUCCGUUGACUUCAAAGGCCGUCCAGUGUACAGACCCAGCUCUGGUGGAUGGAGAUCUGCACGCUUCAUUAUUGGAGUGGAAAUGGCUGAGAGGUUCGCUUAUUAUGGAAUUCAGUCUAACCUUGUUACCUAUUUGACUGGACCUCUGGGUCAGUCUACGGCAACUGCGGCGGAGAACGUCAACCUCUGGUUAGGUAUGGCCAUGCUGCUGCCUCUUUUAGGAGCAUUUGUUGCUGAUUCUUUCCUGGGACGUUACCGGACUAUUAUUAUCGCUUCUGUUAUAUACUGCUUGGGGCUGGGAUUAUUGACUUUAUCGGCUAUGUUACCUUCAGUCAGCACUGUUGGUUGUCAAAACACAAACGAAAUCACUUCAUGUAAUUCUGUAUAUCAAUUCAGAUUAAUCUUAUUCUUCUUCUCUCUAUAUUUGGUAGCAAUUGGACUAGGUGGGCACAAGCCUUGCGUUCAGGCCUUUGGUGCAGAUCAGUUUGAUGGGAAAGACCCUUUGGAAAGCAAACUGAAAAGUUCAUUCUUCAAUUGGUGGUAUUUUGGGUUAUGUACAGCUGCCUUAUUUUCGAUUUUGAUUUUAUCCUACAUCCAAGAUAACCUUAAUUGGAGUCUUGGGUUCGGAAUCCCAUGUAUUUCGAUGGCAUUUGCAUUUAUUGUCUUUUUGCUUGGAAGUAAGACUUAUCGCUGUAGCAUCAAAGGGAAUGAGAGAAGUCCGUUUCUGAGAAUUGGGAAAGUGUUUGUUGUUGCAGUCAGAAACUGGAGGCGAGCUACGCCUCCUGCUUUAGUUCAUGAAGUUGAAGCAGAGGAAGCUCAUGAAAAGUUGCCCCAUGAAAGUUCUGAGCAAUUCAAGUUCCUCAAUAAAGCCUUACUUGCAUCAGAAGGUUCAAAAAAAUAUGGGAAGGUGUGUAUCAUCAGUGAAGUUGAGGAAGCCAAGGCAUUUCUCAGGCUUGUUCCAAUAUGGAUUACUAGCUUGGUCUACGGCAUAGUAUAUGCGCAGUUUUCAACUUUCUUUACGAAGCAAGGAGCUACCAUGGACAGACGAGUUGCAUCAUUUUUUGAAAUACCAGCUGCUUCACUUCAAUCCUUCAUCGCCCUUUCCAUUGUUGUCACCAUUCCGGUUUAUGACUCUGUUUUUGUUCCUAAAGCAAGGGCUUUUACUGGGAAACCUGCUGGCAUUACAAUGCUUCAGAGAAUUGGAACUGGGAUGUUUUUAUAUGUUUUGUCAAUGGUGAUUGCAGCUUUAGUUGAGAUGAAGAGGCUUAAAACUGCUGAAGAAUAUGGACUGAUUGAUAAGCCGAAUGUGACAAUUCCAAUGAGUGUGUGCUGGCUGAUUCCUCAAUAUGUCGUGGCUGGUGUUUCUGAGGCUUUCGCAAUGGUUGGUCUUCAAGAAUUUUUCUAUGAUCAAGUUCCGACUGAAUUAAGGAGCAUAGGACUCUCUUUAUAUCUCGGUAUCCUCGGUGUUGGGAGCUUUCUGAGCAGCUUUCUGAUAUCUGUGAUUGAGAAAGCAACAGGAGGUGAUGGCCAUGAAAGCUGGUUUGCUGAUAAUCUCAACAAGGCACAUCUUGAUUAUUUUUAUUGGCUUCUUGCUGGACUCACUGCUGCAGGAUUGAUUUCCUUCUGGAUUUUUGCCAAGUCCUACAUUUAUAAUAAGCCAAGCUAGCUUUCAAAUAUGGAAUUUAUGUAAAGGACUGGGCUUGUUGACUUCAUCAGCUAUGUUACCUUCGGUUAGCACUGCUGAUUGCCAAAACAUAAAUAUAAUCAGUUCAUGUAGUUCUCAAUAUAACUUCCCAGAAAUGUUAUUCUUCUUCUCUCUAUAUCUGGUAGCAA